CGCACCCACUGGCGCUGUUGACUUUGCUCCACCUCCCAUUGCUGAGCCAUUUUGGGGGGAGUUCAAGCCCUCUCCAAGCAGCGGGACCAUGCUGGAGGAUGAGGAUGGGAUGAGCGAGAGGGGCCUCAGCAGCUCCAGGAGGAGAUACGACGAUGAGGAAGAUUACCACUCCAUCUACAUCGGGGUGCCGGUGCCCCGAGGCUACCGGAGGAAACGGCGCCGGCGGAGAUCAGCCUCCAGCCGGGACAGGAGCGAGAGCGAGAGGCACUACGAGCGCCAGGAGCGCUCCGACACCGACGACGGCGGCCACGGCUGCUACGAGAGCGGCAACGACAACGCCAGCAGGACCAUGUCCCCAGCUGCUGAACGUCUCCGCUACAUCCUGGGGGAGGAUGAUGAACCUCCCAACCCCACACUCUUCACAGAGAUGGACACACUGCAGCACGAUGGGGAGGAGAUGGAGUGGAAAGAGUCAGCCAGGUGGAUCAAGUUUGAAGAAAAGGUGGAAGAAGGUGGAGAGAGGUGGAGCAAGCCCCACGUGUCCACCCUGUCCUUGCACAGCCUGUUUGAGCUGCGGACCUGUCUGCAGACGGGGACGGUGCUCCUGGACUUAGAUGGUUACUCCUUGCCCCAAAUUAUAGAUGAUGUGAUUGAGAAGCAGGUUGAGGACGGGCUGCUGAAGCCAGAGCUGCGAGAGAAGAUCAGCUACGUGCUGCUGCGCAAGCACCGGCACCAGACCAAGAAGCCGAUCCACCGCUCCCUGGCCGACAUCGGCAAGUCCGUCUCCUCCAACACAGCCCGCAGCCCCGUCCGGAGCCCGGCCGCCGGCGCCGCCUUCCACCGCUCCACCGAGGACCUGCGGAUGCGGCAGAGCGCCAGCUACGGCCGGCUGCGCCAUGCCCAGAGUCGGAGCAUGAACGACAUCUCAGACACGCCGAGCACUGACCAGCUGAAGAACAAGUUCAUCAAGAAGAUCCCCAAGGAUGCAGAGGCCUCCAACGUGCUGGUGGGAGAAGUGGAGUUCCUCGAGAAGCCUUUUGUGGCUUUUGUGAGGCUCCUCCAGGCCACAAUGCUGGGAGGGGUGACAGAGGUGCCUGUGCCCACCAGGUUCCUCUUCAUCCUCCUUGGUCCUGCAGGAAAAGCCAAAUCCUACAACGAGAUCGGCAGGGCCAUCGCUACCCUCAUGGUGGACGAUCUCUUCAGCGACGUUGCCUACAAAGCUCGGGACAGGGAGGACCUCAUUGCUGGCAUAGAUGAGUUCCUGGAUGAAGUCAUUGUCCUGCCCCCUGGAGAGUGGGACCCCAACAUUAGGAUUGAGCCACCCAAAAAGGUGCCCUCAGCUGAAAAGAGGAAGUCAGUGUUCUCCCUGAACGAGGUGGGGCAGAUGAACGGCACUGCCGGUGGGGCCGGCGCCGGCGGCGGCGGAGGAGGCAGCGAUGACGGAGAGAUGCCUGAAGUCCAUGAGAUUGGGGAAGAGCUGGCCUGGACUGGCAGGUUUUGUGGUGGCCUCUAUUUGGAUAUCAAGAGGAAGCUGCCCUGGUUCCCGAGUGACUUCUAUGAAGGCUUCCAUAUCCAGUCCAUCUCUGCCAUCCUCUUCAUCUACCUGGGCUGCAUCACCAACGCCAUCACCUUCGGGGGCUUGCUUGGGGACGCUACGGACAACUACCAGGGCGUCAUGGAGAGCUUCCUGGGCACGGCCAUGGCGGGCUCCAUGUUUUGCCUCUUCGCUGGGCAGCCACUCAUCAUCCUCAGCAGCACUGGGCCCAUCCUCAUCUUCGAGAAGCUGCUCUUUGACUUCAGCAAAGGCAACGGCAUCGACUACAUGGAGUUCCGCCUCUGGAUCGGCCUCCACUCCGCCCUCCAGUGCCUUAUCCUGGUGGCCACCGACGCCAGCUUCAUUAUAAAGUACAUCACUCGCUUCACAGAGGAAGGCUUCUCCACCCUCAUCAGCUUCAUCUUCAUCUAUGAUGCCAUCAAGAAGAUGAUUGGAGCCUUUAAGUACUACCCCAUCAACUCGGACUUCAAGCCGGACUACGUCACCAUGUACAAGUGCGAGUGCGUCGCCCCCGACCCAGCCAACGCGACCUUGUUCGAUGCUUCAGCUCCAGUGGCACCCAACACCACUAAUGUUUCUCUGUCCAAUGCUAUUAACCUCACAGCUCUGGACUGGACUCAGCUCAGCAAGAAGGAAUGUCUGAAAUAUGGUGGGAGUUUGGUGGGCAAGUCCUGUAAAUUCGUGCCUGACCUGGCCCUGAUGUCCUUCAUCCUCUUCUUUGGCACCUACUCCAUGACCCUGACCCUGAAGAAGUUCAAGUUCAGUCGCUACUUCCCCACCAAGGUCAGGGCUUUCAUUGCCGACUUUUCCAACGUCUUCUCCAUCCUGAUCUUCUGUGCCGUGGAUGCCUGCUUCGGCCUGGACACCCCCAAGCUGCACAUCCCCAGCAUCAUCAAGCCCACCCGUGUGGACCGAGGGUGGUUUGUGUUUCCCUUCGGCAAGAACCCCUGGUGGGUUUACCUGGCGAGCGCCCUGCCCGCCCUGCUGGUCACCAUCCUCAUCUUCAUGGACCAGCAGAUCACCGCCGUCAUCGUCAACAGGAAGGAGCACAAGCUGCGGAAAGCAGCAGGCUACCACCUGGACCUGUUCUGGGUGGGCAUCCUCAUGGCUGUCUGCUCCUUCAUGGGGCUGCCCUGGUACGUGGCAGCCACAGUCAUCUCCAUCGCCCACAUCGACAGCCUGAAGAUGGAGACCGAGACCAGCGCCCCGGGGGAGCAGCCCCAGUUCCUGGGGGUCAGGGAGCAGAGGGUGACUGGCAUCAUCGUCUUCGUGCUGACUGGCAUCUCCGUCUUCCUGGCCCCCAUCCUGAAGUACAUCCCCAUGCCGGUGCUCUACGGAGUCUUCCUCUACAUGGGUGUCGCCUCCCUCAACGGCAUCCAGUUUUGGGACCGCUGCAAGCUCUUCCUCAUGCCAGCCAAGCACCAACCCGACUACGUCUUCCUCCGGCACGUGCCCCUGCGCCGCAUCCACCUCUUCACCCUGGUGCAGAUCAUCUGCCUGGCUGUGCUCUGGAUCCUCAAAUCCACAGUGGCUGCCAUCAUCUUCCCUGUCAUGAUUUUAGCCCUGAUCCUGGUGAGGAGGUUGCUGGAUUUUGUCUUCUCCCAACAUGACCUGGCCUGGAUUGACAACAUCAUCCCUGAGAAAGAGAAGAAGAAGGAGGAUGACAAAAAGAAGAAGAAGAAAGGCAACAAAGGAGACAGCAGCAGUGAUGAGGAGUUCCCACCUCCCUCAGUCAUUAAGAUCCCCAUGGAGCCCCUGCCAGCGCAGCCCCGAAACGGGGGCCCCCAUUGCCUCAGCCGAAAGAGGUCCUCCACCUGGAGCUUUGCGUUCUGAUUCCUCCCCGAAUGGCUCAGACAUGGAUCGCAGCAUCACACUUCACCUGAAGAUUUCCUGCCCAUCCUCUCCUGCGUUCAACUACUCCAGAAACCCUCUCUGCACCGUGCCCCAGGUGAAGAUCGAGAUGGAGUCGGACUAUGAGGAC